AUGCCCUCUUCUUCACAACUCAACGAGGAUCAACUUAUAUCCUCCUUCUGGGAAAGCUACUCAGGAGAUUCCACUCCGCACUCGGGGCGCAGAGAACACCUCUGGCUGUACCAUUCGAUUAAUAUCCCAUUCCCCACCACUCCGCUGAGACAAGCCCUGCUUUCUCUCGCAUACGUCCGCGCUGGCAGGCUGCAGCACAGCCGAAACCUCGUUCUAAAGGGGCAAGAAAUCUAUGGCCAGGCUCUGCGGUUGAUGCAGAGUGCUCUGUACUCCCCAGAGCUUAUGCUCAACGACGAGAUCCUCGCCGCGGCACGGUGCAUGGUGCUGUACGAGGCGUUCGAGUCGACGUCCGGGGACAUGGCUGCGUGGCAGAACCACAUCAUGGGCAUUGGUCGGAUCAUCCAGCUGCGAGGCCCUACCCGCCACCGCGGGCCCCUGUCCAACUCCAUCCUCGAAUCCAUGCGGUACAGCGCCAUGAUCGUGUCUCUCACCCGGCGGGAGUCGUCUUUCUUCGGCAACCCGGAUUGGGUAAUGCAACCUUGGAGAGAUACAUCCAAGGAUGUCCAUCAGAGGCUUUACGACUACGGCUUUACGCUGUCGAACCUCUUCCAUAUGGGUGAGACGGCUCACCAGCACUCGGGUGGAGCAGAGUUUCUUCGGAUCCUGGAACAGAUCAGGGAUAGCUACCGCGGCAUGGAAAUGCUCCACGAAGAGCUCCUCUCCGUACGGACAGAGCACCCCCAUCCCUUGAACGUGGAUGCUCUGCACGAACUUCCUUUUGGCGAUACGACCUAUGCCAUUACCUCCGCAACCCUCCUCGCCCUCGACCUGGCCUUCUCCACAUUCGCGGCGGCCCUGAUCGAGAAGAGCUCGAGUGACUUUCUCAACGAGCACCAAGACCUCCUCAGAGAGAUUUCUUCGCACACAGACCCACCCCGCCGACGGGCCUUAUCGAAGCAGGUCCUCCGCCUUCUGCAGUACUGUUUGCAGACCCGGGUCGAGCAUACACGCUCCAAAGCCAUCUUCCCCCUGAGCGUGGUCCGGUGGGAGUUGAGAGCCAUCCCCGAGGACCACGCCCAGGUGCAGGCGCUGUUCGACACCAUUGCUUCUGCGGGUCAGUUCCGCAUUGCUCGCAGCGUGCAGAAUGCGGGUCGUGCAAUGUUGCCGAGCGUUGUCGCAUGGACCAGCAACAAAGGCUGA